CUUCAUAAAGUCCUAUGUUCUUACUUGCACUUUAAUUAAGUAUUGUGAAAUCCUCCUCUCGUUACUUGCUGUUUGUCUAUGGCCUCGUGGUCCUGGGGCAACGAUAUUUUGUGCUACUCUAUGCCUUUAUAUGGAUGGAAAGACAAAAAGCCCUCUUGACUUGCCUUGACUUGACUAGAUGCCGUCUCCCGUACUCAGAAGGGGGGCGCACACGUAAGGCUGUGCCAUUGGAGUGCGCUGAGUCACCGAGGCAAAAAACAACGGCGUGCGUAUCCUGUUGUGGGCGGAAGUGUUGGAUGUGAGCUGCCUCGAUAGCUGUCAUUCCAGCACUCAGUAUAAGCGAUAUAAUAAUUCAUAAAAAAAGGACUCUAUCUGUGCAGAUAUGCGUUUCCUUUUCUGGCCCAUUCCUCGCUGAUUGUCGUGUCGCUUUCCCGCGUUUAUUUUCUCAUUAAGACACAAGAUCGUUCACAUUUAAGUCCAUUCGCUUCCUCGUAUUUUAUCCCCGCCUGUAAGCUGUCCUGCGUUGGGAUCCAGCUUUACCUGUAAAUAUUUAUAUCCUCGCUGUUAUCGCGACUUUCUCCUGUUUCCACUUCUGCAUUUUCGAGUAGGUACGUGGCUUUCAGACGACCACCGCGCCGCGGAUCAAGACCCACGUCCCGGAUUAGAUUACCGACGGCGGCAGAUCAUUUUUGUUUUCUUUUUGUUCUAUUUUUUUCUGUUGCGUUUUGCAGCAUCUUCCGGGUAUAUUCUCUGCCUUUCAUAUCGUAGUAAUUAAGGAAAUCGAAGUUCUCCAACAACCAGCCAUGUCUUUCAGGAGAGGCAUCGUUAGGCAGAGUAAGUUCCGACACGUCUUCGCCCAGGCCUGGAAGCCAGAAAACUGCCUCGAUGAUGUCAGAGUGACACGCGUUACGUGGGAGGGACCACUCUGUGACGCCAACCCUAAGUUCAUCGCUGUCAUCGUCGAGGCAGGGGGAGGGGGCGCGUUUCUUGUUUUGCCGCUCAGCAAGAGUGGCCGCGUUGACCAGAACACCCCUCUGGUAUGUGGUCACACUGCCCCAGUGUUGGACAUCCAGUGGUGUCCCCACGAUGACACUAUUAUUGCUAGUGCCUCAGAGGACACCACCGUUAAGGUGUGGCAGAUCCCAGAUGGGGGUCUCACGAGCCCCAUGACAGAAGCAGCCGUGACACUGGAGGGACACAGCAAGAGGGUCGGCAUCCUAGCCUGGCAUCCCUCCACCCUAAACAUCUUGUUGAGUGCAGGCUGUGACAACGUGCUCUGCCUAUGGGAUGUUGGCACUGGAGAGCAGCUAUAUCGUCUUGAUGACAUGCACCCCGACUUGAUCUACAGCGUGUGCUGGAACAGAGAGGGUAGCGCCAUCUGCACCACGUGCAAAGACAAGGCCCUGCGCGUCAUUGACCCCCGACGUGGAACCGUGCUCCAGGUGAGAGAAAAGGUGCACGACGGCACCCGGCCAAUGAGAGCUGUGUUUCUCUCUGAUGGGAAAAUCCUGACCACGGGCUUCAGUCGCAUGAGCGAGAGGCAACUCGCCUUGUGGGACACGGAUGACUUCUCUGAGCCAAUGGUCAUGCAGGAGAUGGACAGCAGCAACGGCGUGCUCCUGCCCUUUUAUGACCCUGACACCAACAUGGUCUACUUGUGUGGCAAGGGUGACUGCACCAUCCGCUACUUCGAGGUGACGGAGGAGCCACCCCACGUGCACUUCCUGAGCCUUUACAGCAGCAAGGAGCCACAGAGAGGAGCCGGCUUCCUGAGCAAGCGAGGCGUGGACGUCAACAAGUGCGAGAUCGCGAGGUUCUACAAACUACACGAGAGGAAGGUGGAGCCCAUCUCCAUGACUGUCCCUAGGAAGUCGGAUCUCUUCCAGGGAGACCUGUACCCGGACACGGCAGGCUUGGAACCAGCCCUGCUGGCUGAAGACUGGGUCGCAGGCCAGGACGCCCCCCCCAUGCUGGUGUCCUUGAGUGGGGGGUACGAAGCUCCUCCCUCCAGGCAGGGAGCUGCCGUCUUGGCCAGACACAGGCCCUCAUCUGCAGGGGAGCCUGAGGAAUCCCGUCUAGCCCAAACCCCCGUCGACAAGGUCUUCCCUGCGGCCAGCCCGGACACAGAGGCAGGGGGGGUCUGUGCGGCGGCAUCAGCACUGGCGGGGGAGGACACUCAAGAAAGGGAGGGGGCAGGGGGGGAGGAGGAGCAGCUGUGUGAGAUCCUGCUGGAGCUGAAGGCGCUGAGAGCCCUGGUUCUUUCCCAGGGUCAGAGAAUCGAGCAACUGGAGCAGCAACUGGCCCGUUUUGAGGAGGGAGAGGUGUGACCUCAAUUGCACACCACAACACGCCUGGAGAAUGACCACACUUUUAUUACACACUGCAACACGCCUGGAGAAUGACCAUACUCUUAUUGCACACUGCAGCACACCUGGAGAAUGACCACACUCUUAUUGCACACUGCAGCACACCUGGAGAA